CAAUCAACAAGUUCUAUGAUGCAUUCUUUCUUGUACUUAUUCAUCAGGCCAUUCUAUUUCAUAUCUCCCCUUCUUAUCAUCAAUCCUCAUCAUCCCCAUAGUCUUCCUUCCUAGGCUCCCAACCUUCAGUCUUGCAGCCUCAUGGAGACCUCUCAACAGCUCUUUGGUGAUAGCUUCUCUUAUGGGUGGCUGGUGAACAUCAAGCCCUCCUUUGAAUCCCUCAAUAGCAGCUUCCGCCGCUCCUUUGAUGGUAGCUCCUUCAUCGAAAUGGACCCCGACUUGUUUUCGAUGCGCUGGACGAAUGAUGCCCAUGACUUCAAUUUCAAUCUCCCAAGCUCCCAAUCUCCAGUCUCAGUCCAUGCAGACCAGAUCUUCUCUAAUGGCCUCCUCCUGCCACUCCACCUCAACAACCCACCUCAGAGUGAAGUAGGCUGUGAGUCCUUUGGCACCAAUUUUAGCAGAUCUAACUCACUGGACUCAUCAAAAGCAUUGCUCUCUCGGAGCAACCGAUUCCAGUCACGGUACUUCUACACAGUUCAAAGUAGGCCUGUUUCCUCAAACUCUUCGCCACUCUUCCAUUCAGCAGAAAGCACACCAAUUUCAAUGAGCUUAUCCUGUUCAUCCAAGAGUGUUGCUUCAAGAAGCGGAAAGUUCAAGUCUCCUUUCUUCAGGAAUUGCACGAAGUCUCCGAAGAAAAUUUUAUGGAAGUACCUGUGCCUUCUCAUGCCAUUGUAUAACAAGGUGAGAGGGCUGAGCUUGAGUUCUCCGAAGUCAGCGACAAGCUGCAGGGAUUCGGUCCGAGAUUCUCCAAGGAUGACAACUGCCUUCUCAAGCAUAGAAUGGUGCCGUGGAAAUGCUGACAGCUCAAUCUAUGAUGCAAUUCUUCACUGCAAAAGAUCAAUCGGACAGGCUUCAUAAGGGAGGCAGCAGAGCAUGGCUAGAGAGGAAACCAGGAGAAAAGAAGAAUCCUAAAAGAAUGGCAACGCUGAACAAUCUCUUUUGGUCUUAUCUUCUCAUGUAAAGUCACAGAAAGGCUCUGUAGAUGUAGAGCUUUUGAGGAAAGAAAGAAAGCAUCUUGCAUUUUGUUCAUCGGAAAAGUUUUGAAGUAAAAGAAAGAACCUCUCUUUUAAUA